AUGCACCUGUUAUCAAUAUUCGUUCUUGCUUUUCUCUAUCCCGCAUUUGCAUACAAAACCAUCAUUGACGUCCUCUCUGAAGAUGCUCGCUUCGGAAGGUUAAUCGAAUCACUACAACGCAAUCGAUUGGUACCCGAUGUCAACAACCUAGAGGCAGGCACUCUAUUCGCACCCGACAAUGACGCAUUCCAACAAUACGAAGGCGAAGUUACUCGCGAAAUGUUGCUAUAUCAUUUACUACCCGUUGGUAUGGUGGGCCAAGACUUUUCUCAUGGUCAGAUACUCGAGUCCCUCUAUGUUCGAGAUGGCAUGCUUGGCAAGGAUCACUCUGGGCAACGUAUCAAAGUGACAAAGGAUGGCAACCUUGGGAAGGGGCGUGGCAAAGCAUACAUCAAUGGUGCCGAGAUUAUCGACAAGGACCUCUACGUCAAUAACCAGACCUACAUUCAAGUGAUCAACAAGGUCUUGGUGCCGCCACAGACAUUAGGCGAUGCAUUGUUGAACAAUGAAGAACUCCAUGGAUUGCUGGACAAGACUGGUGUUACCAAAGUGCUUAACGAGGCUCGCCCAUUCACCAUGUUUGUUUCUCGACAAAGUGUCCUCAACCCAUUCAACCCUGUGGAGAAGGCCUACAUGACAUCUGAUUAUGGCAAGAAGGAUUUGGCGACUUUUCUCAAGUACAUGAUAUUGGAGGAAGCAAACUAUGCAAGCGAUUUCCCUAGUGGCAAGACAACGUUUAAGACGCUUAAUGGAGAGACAAUUGCUAUCUCUGUUGAUAAGAACAAUGCAAUCACUGUCAAUGGAGUACCGGUGACAAGCACGGAUAUCUUGGCAGCCAAUGGUGUUAUUCAUGAAUUGGAUGAUGCAUUUGCCCCAGGAUCACUCGUAUUUACAUCACGCAAAUAUUUAUACGGGGUCAAUGCAACCAAGUUUGUCUCGCUGCUGGAUGAUUAUGGCCUCGAUCAUUACAUGGAUGACAAUGACAACAACCAAAAGUACACCUUCUUGGCACCUGGCAACGAAGACAUCAAUGAGGAUAUGAUACCCAACAUUUACAAACGCAAUUGGCUCAGCUAUCAUAUAUUAACCGGAUCCAUGCCUCCCGAUCAACUUGUCGAUGGAUCCUUAUUGCGCACCGAAUUCCUAUCGAAUGAUCUUGCGGGUGCACCACAACGAGUACCGGUGUUGGUGGAGGCAGAAGGAGUACAUACAAUGGGUCGAUCAAUACGCUUUUCCCAUUCACGUGUUUUGCAAGAUCCUGUGUCUGUGCAAGGCAACACAAUUUAUGAGAUAUCGGAGCCACUUUCAUUGCCGGGCAGCUUCCUAUCCAAGCUAGUUGUGGAUCUUGAAAUGUCGACAUUUAUCGCAACGUUGUAUGUCUCUGGUGUUGCUGAAGAAGUCAAGCAUAGCAGUGGGAUUACCAUGUUUGCACCAAGCAAUGAUGCUUUUCACAAUCUUGGAUUGGUGGCUCAAUUUUUAAUGCAUUCAUCCGGCAAACAUCAGCUGCAAAAUGUGCUUCGAUACCACGUGAUCCGAGGAUUACUAUACGCUGAGGAUAUCCGAGAAUAUGCACAUGAAGUACCUACAUUGGCAGAUGCUACCAUACGUGUUGGACCUGGAAGCAAGGAUAAUGAGCUUGUGGUGAGCCGGCCCUUCCCUUCUGCUGAGGAAGCUGUUAUUAGCGAAACAGAUUUGCUUGUUAGCAAUGGCGUGGUCCACAAACUUAACAAGGUGCAAGUGCCGGAUUAUGUACGCAUCACAGCACGCGAUCUCAUGGUUGGUGUUGAGGCGAAGACGAUGAUGGAGGUGCUUGAGCAAACAAAAUUAAUGAGCACGCUCAACAAGACGGAUUAUGUGGUGCUCGUACCCACCGAUGCUGCCUUUGCACGUAUUGAUCUCGAUGCGCUGUUACAAGACAAAGAUGCAUUAGAGCGGCUUGCCAAAUUACAUCUGGUACCCAUGGCAUGGAAGAAUGAAUGGACAAUGUCAAGCAACAAGGACUCUGAAUACCCAAGCUUGCUUUCGGAUGUUGAUAAGGUCAUCUUUAGAGAAGAAGGUGAUGGCGAUAUGAUUAUUCGUGUCAAAGAUCAAUCAGGUGGUGUGCCAGCUCGUGUACGAGGAAUGGGUAGAACCUACGACUCAACCAAUGGCGGUGUGCUGCUUAUCGACGCCGUAUUGAUUCCUGUACAUCGUGGCUUUUUCGGGUUGCCAUUUGGAUGGUCUAUCUUUUUGGUGGUUGUGCUUUCACUUAUCAUUGGAUCAAUCGCUGGUGGAUGCGGUUUUAUCGGCUACAAGAUUUACACACGUAGACGAUUGGGCUAUACUAGUAUUUCAACGUGA